GUGAAGCAGAACACUGUUGUUCAUUCCAGUAAGUAAUCACCCAGGGAGGAGGGCUGCAAGACACAAUGUGACAGGGACACGGUCUACCUUUAUACAGGGAAUUACACUGAGGAGCAAGAUGAAGUGUUGUGUGGGGAUAGUGAUCUUCCUGACAUGUUUUAGAGGAGGAUUUUGUGCAGAUCCAGUUUUAACACCUGAGACAGUGACAGAUUCAGGGGGAAAUUCAGCCAAUGCCAAUAGCACCAUUACUUGGGGUCCUUUACCCAGCUAUGAUUCAUACACAGCAGGGAGCAUUACAUAUGAUGCAUCUGGACUUACACCUCUUUACAAUUUUGCUAAGGCUUUUAUAAAUGGGGCAGUUUUUCCUUAUGGAAUUCCAUGGGAUUUGAUGGAGAAAGCAAUAAAUGGGACACUUAUAAAUGACGUAACUACAAACUAUAUGUCAUAUCUGAGGCAGUUUGCGGGCUAUGGAGCCUGUGUAGUGAUCGGAUUUCUCUUCAUCUUUAUUUUUCCUCUGAUUGGACUCUGUUUCUGCUGCUGUCGUUGUUGUUGUAAAACCUGUGGGGGUAAAAUGAUGCAGAAUCAAGAAGAUGCUAAGGCUGAUUGUAAAAGGAGGACGUAUGCUAUCAUCCUCUUCAUCCUUAUAGCGUUCACAAGUGCCGGUAUGAUUUGUGUUUACUUGUCCAAUGAUCAGAUGUCUACAGCCCUGAAUAAGUUUGAUGAUGUCGUUGUGUCUAAUGUGGAUGAUGUUACCACCUAUGUCUCUAACACAGUCAAGGAAACAAAGUAUGUAAUGAGAUCUAAUUUUAAUUUCACCUCAUCAGUGAUAUCCAGAGACCUUGACAAUAUAGGAUAUGUACUGGGUAUUCCAAUCCGAACAGCACUGAAAACAGAAGCCAAGCUGGACACGGCCAUAUCUUCUGCCAAUGCAUUGGUCACAAGAGUGACUCAAAUAGCAUCUGCCUUGACAACAUUAAACACGACCUUGGGAGAUGUGAAGGUGAAGGCCAAUAUCCUGAGCUCUAACCUUUCUACUCUGAAGACUGACAUAGAUGCUGCUAUAACAAAUUCAGGAUGUCCCCGAACAGGAUGCCCUGACACUACCAAUGUCGCCAUGGGCUUUGAUCCAAAUAAUUUCCCAGACAUCAGUGGCCCAAUGUCAUCUAUAUCAUCAGUGGAAAGUCAAAACUUGUCAGCAAUAAUCAUACAGGCCCAGUCAGAAAUUGACAACAUCCCAGAAAGAGUCACUAAUGAGACCAAGAACACAGUGUCUGAUAUAAAGGAUAUGGUGUCUAACUUUUCCAGUGAGGUAGACCCUCUGAUAGAGAAAGUUGAGAGCAUGCAGGACGCUAUCUCAACCAAUGGUACUCUAGCAGACAUUAAAAAACAGGUGACUGAUGGUGUCAACACAGCAUCUUCCUAUGACAAGUACAGGUGGUAUGGUGGGGUAGGCCUGACUUCUAUUGUGUUACUGAUAGUCCUGUUACAGCUCCUAGGCCUCUGUUUUGGAACAUUUAGCCAGAAUUCAGACAGACUACCUACAGAUAGAGGAUGUAUUGGCACUGCUGCUGGAAAUAUGCUCAUGGCGUCUGUUGGCUUUGUGUUUAUAUUUUCCUGGCUGUUGAUGCUGUUGACAACCCUGACAUUUAUCAUUGGGAGCCCGCUAGAACGAUUUGUCUGUCAACCUCUCACAGACUCCUCUCUGAAUGAUCUAGAAACGCUGGUGGACGACAAAAUCUACAAGUUUCAGUAUGGAACAUCUGAUGGAUAUUUCCUUGGUAAAGUUUUAUUUAACAAUGCCUCCAUUAACCUGACAAUCAAGGGCCUGUUGCAAGAUUGUCAAGCUGGUGGAGCAGCAUACACAGCACUUAAACUGAAUAAUUUGUUUGAUGUGACCACUCUAACUAACUUCACAAAUAAUCUAAAUAUAGAAUCAGAGGUGGACAAGAUUAACAUUGAUCUAAGCACUGUACAGAUCCUGACUCCCAGUCUUCUCAGUCAGCUGAACGAACUGAAGAAUUCCAUCAAUGUCAACUUCACAAAGUUCAGGGAGGAGUUGAGCAAAUCAGCUUCGUCCCAGAACUUAUCCACCCUCGCAGACGAGUUAGAGCAAUUUGCUGCAUCCUGCCCUUCUGCUACCUGUGAUGCAGCUAACAAACUAGAACUCCAGAGUUUGGCCACCAGAACCAGAUCUAUAGAGAGCAAUGAGUUGGCUAAUCUGACAGCCAGCCUGUCCCAGCUUCAGCUUGAUUUAAACUCCUUGGAAACAACAGUCAAUGGCACUGAGACAGAUGUUGAUAAUUGUAUCAACAACUUUAACGAGUCGGAAACAUUCAUACAGACCAAUGGAUCUGCUGUUGUUAAAAAUGAAGCCAAGAAUUUUGCCUCCAGGAUUCUCUCUGUGGUGACUUCAUUUGUAGAUGAUGCCCUAGAUGCACUGAAUAAUGACAUUGGAAAAUGCACACCAAUAUGGAACCUUUACAAUUCCUUGUUUGUGACAUCACUGUGUAAAUAUACCAUAGACACUCUGAAUGGUUUCUGGUUUGCCUUAGGAUGGUGCAUCUUUUUCUUUAUACCUAGCAUCAUCUUCUCUACAAAGCUGGCCAAACAUUACCGACGCAUGACCCACCUAGAUAGCAAUUAUGAGGAUGACUUUGAUAAAAAUGGACUACAGCUACCAGAAGUUAGCAGCCGUAGACCAGUAUGUAUAGGUGAUAGCUUGAAAAAGAAAAAGAAGUCUUUUGGGCACAAGCAGCACAAAAGAGUGCACCCAGAACCUAAGGGGGCAGGUUCUAAAUCAUAUUUUGGAUCAAACAAAGUUGGACACCAUGACCCGUCUUCAUCCUUGUCCAAUCCACCACCCUAUAACUCUGACUGGUGAACUGACAAUCAAAAUCUUACCGCAGUGAAUGUGUCCUCAACAUCAAAAGUUUUCUUCUAAUUGAUUGAGUUUUGUUUUUAUUUUUCCCAAUACCUGUUUUUGUUUUAUUAAUGUUUAUUUCAAACUUCAGUUCUUUGCUUGAUAGACUGUACCACUUCUAAUAAAAAAAUUGAAGGGUGAAUGUAGAAUUGAAGGUUAUCCAUCCUGUAAAGUGAAGGCAGAACUUGAUUUUAUCCCAGAUUAAAUCUCAUUAUAAAGUUUUUAGGCAUUGUUUGAUUAUAAAAAUGUUUUGUGUGUGUGUUUUGCUUUAAUUUAAUUGUUAAUUAUUCAUGCUCAGUUGGUGUUGACAGACUGUGAUAUUAACAUUAACUUUCUUCUUCUUAACUUUCUAGGCAGGCUAAAAAUGAAGAGACAAUGAAACUCAGCAUUUCAAAUAUGUUAUCUUUCUUAAACACCCUUUAUAUUAGCUUUCAUCCAAAUAGGUCACAUAAACAAUUAACUUUGUACUAUACAUCCACACAGUAAGCCGGCUAGGUAAUCACAGUUCUUAUCAUUGUAGGAUUUUCUUUUUAAUUUUAUUUUGAAGUGUGAGUGAUACAGGACAUCCGAGUUUAGUAAAGUAGGUCAACACUUUCAUAUUUUGAUUGGUUUUGAAUAACUUUUUAUUUACUUUGGUGUUAACAAGGAUAUUUUCUGAUCUUUUUAUCAGUUUGUGUAUGAUGUGUCUUGUUUGUUAGAUUUGACCUCCUGUCUUAUUUUUUUUAUUAAUUUCACGAUAUAUCCGUCCUGUCAUAAGCAUUCCAUACAAAUUAUAUUUUGUAUUCUCUGUACAAUUGAAUUAUUCUCUGUACAUUUUAAUUAUUUUCUGUACAAUUUAAUUUUUUUUAUGAUUGAUGUGAAAUUGUUAAUAUAAAAAUGAAUGAUUGUACCGCAUGUUACAUGACAGUGCUUUUAAAUUGUUGAGCCUCUAUCUCAGAUACUAAAACACAGGUACAGGGAGUACGCUUAUAAUGAAUUCAUGUCUACAGCAAAGUGAUUUACUUUCCCCGUAGUUAUUAUGAACUUGUUGGAUAUAACAAUAUACAUUUACAUGGGUGUAACAAAAUUCUUCCUCUUUGGCACUUUGCUAUAGACUUGUCUAACUGUAAACAUUUUGUUUAUCUACACAAUCUUUGGACCGUGUUAGCAGUGGACCUCUUUAGAUAGGUAUCACCUAAUAGCUAAGUUGAUGGAUACUGGUAUUAUUUGUUAUCAUUAUAACAAUAAUUGACAAGACCUAAGAGAAUGAUAACAUUUCUUUUCAUGUAGGACAUAUUUUUCUUUAUUGAAUUCCAGCAAGGUAUUUAACUCUCGUCUAGAACAAGAAUUGAUUGUAUUAGUAAGGCUCCAGUGCAGUUAUUUUGAAAAUCAUAUAUUAAGCAUAAUAAUGACAUGGUUUGUAACAUUAUGCAUAAUGUAAUUUUGUAUUUUUUUUUUAACAUUACUUAGAACAUUUUAAUAUUGAGUAAAUUUUUUUUUAAUAUUCCAAAUGCUCCUAUUUAAAUUUGAAUAGAUAAUUGUUCUUAAAUUGUAAAUUACUUCUUAA